AUGGUGAGCGCGAUGGUGCUGGAGCUGAAGGGCAGCUACAAGAUACAGUACCACGCCAACGGCCACGACAAGGACCCCGUGGAGAUCGACUUCACGCCCCCGUGGCGCCGCAUCAGCAUGGUGUCCGGCCUGGAGGAGGCCCUCAACGUGAAGCUGCCGCAGCCCCUGGAAUCCGAGGAGGCGCGGGUCUUCCUGGCAGAACUCUGCGCGAAGCACGGCGUGCAGUGCCCGCCGCCGCAGACGACGGGGCGGCUGCUGGACAAGCUGGUGGGGGAGUUUUUGGAGGUGCAGUGCGUCAACCCGGCCUUCAUCUGCGACCACCCGCAGCUCAUGAGCCCGCUCGCAAAGUGGCACCGCAACCUGCCCGGGCUGACGGAGCGCUUCGAGCUGUUCGUCAACACGCGGGAGGUGUGCAAUGCGUACACCGAGCUGAACGACCCCAUCAGGCAGCGGCAGCUGUUUGAGGACCAGGCCAAGAACAAGGCCGCGGGCGACGACGAGGCCAUGUUCAUCGACGAGACAUUCUGCACGGCGCUCGAGUACGGGCUGCCGCCCACGGGCGGCUGGGGCAUGGGCAUCGACCGCAUGGCCAUGAUGCUGACCGACUCCAUCAACAUCAAGGAGGUCCUGCUCUUCCCGGCCAUGAAGCCCGAGGAGGUCGGCGGCAAGCCGGCGGCGGGCGGCGCGGGCGACAGCAGCAGCGCGGCGGUGGAGGGCGACGGCAUCUGA